CUGACUGAGUGGAGGAAGCGGGAGCGCGCAUGAGCCGCGGGGACGCGCGUCUACAUGCCAGCCUGCCUGAGCAGUAUUGUGAACUGUGUGUGUCGCUGAUUCUCCCUCACUCGUCCCCCACUUUGCUCGCUCGACUGCUGGAUUUGUUUUCUGUAAAACCUCGCCGAGACCUUCGGACAAGCAAGCUACAGGAACAGGAGCAACAGCAACAACAACAAAUAAAAGCAAGAAAGGGGGAAAAAAUGCACAUCUCAGUUUGUGGCAUCGUCCUGAUUGGAAUGGCUCUUCUCCUGAUUUCUCAAGGGGAGCCGGUCGGCCGCAGUGACAGUAACAUCCCCAAAGCAAUGGACAACGUGACGGUGAGGCAGGGCGACAACGCCGUACUCAGGUGUCUAAUUGACAGUGGUGUGACACGUGUGGCGUGGCUGAACCGCUCCAGCAUACUCUACGCAGGGAAGGAUAAAUGGUCACUGGACCCUCGAGUGAUUAUCGUGACAAACAGCAAAACAGAAUACAGCAUUCAGAUCAUGUCCGUGGAUGUGUACGAUGAAGGCCCUUACACUUGCUCAGUCCAAACUCUCAACCAUCCCAGGACAACUCGGGUGCACAUAAUUGUACAAGUUCCACCAAAAAUUGUCAACAUUUCCAGUAGUGUGGCUGUGAAUGAGGGCAGCAAUGUUACACUCCUGUGCCUCGCUAUCGGACGCCCAGAGCCCACCGUGACAUGGCGUCACCUUUCUCAAAGGGUCCGGGGUUUUGCCAGUGAUGAUGAAUAUUUGGAAAUCACAGGAAUUGUCAAGGAAGAUGCUGGUGAAUAUGAAUGCAGUGCCUAUAACGACGUGUCAUCUGCUGACAUGCGAAAAGUACAUGUAACAGUAAACUAUCCACCGUUGAUCCUUGAAACACGGAAUGUUGGGGCAGCUGUAGGGCAGAAGGGAAUCCUCCAGUGCGAAGCGUAUGCUGUUCCAUCAGCAGACUAUGAAUGGUACAAAGAAGACCGAAGGCUUUCUACUGGAUUAAAUGGUGUGCAAAUUAAGAAAAAUGGAGAUACAUCUGUGCUUACAUUCUUUAAUGUUUCGGAAGAGGAUUAUGGAAACUAUACCUGUGUGGCAAUGAACACACUUGGCGCCUCAAAUACAAGUGUUCUUCUCUUUGAAGUAAAUGAGCCUACGAGCUCGACCCAGAUUCAAGAAGAGAAAACUUCUACAAUUCUUGCAAAUUGGAAAGGUCCCGGAACAGUGCUUGACGGGAAUAACCGCGCUCCAGCAGGAAUGACUCCGUCACUAUGGCUACUGGUGAUACUCUUCGUCCACUUCCUCUUCAAAUUUUGACGUGACGUGCCCCCACUGAACAGCGCACUGCCUCUAACCCGAACAGAACAAAUAAACUUUGCCUUGCACAGAUUGUGCACAGGCUACAAAACAUCGCGUAUAGGUUCUGUGCUGACAAGUAUUUGUUUUUUUUGUGAGUCCAUACUGAUAUUUCCCCUCUGUUGGCUGCAGGGCGCUGGUGCAUAAUUGCUGUCAAACUGUUAGUUCGGUUACUGUUGAUUUUCCAAUUUUUAAUCCUCCAUGUUUUAGCUGAUGUAGUGUUUACAUAUUUUAUGCUUUUAAUGAUGUUUAUUUAUGCAGGUACCUUUCCCUCACGUACGUAAAGCUGUCUGGUUUUACUGGGUGGAUAAUAUAAUUUACCUGUAUACUAUUUGUAGACUACCAGUAAAUAAUGUAAUAUGCCUGUAGACCAUUGGCUAAUUAAUUAACAGGUGGACUAUAGCCCAUUGGCGAGCUGAGCAAAUGUUUAGCAGAUAAGCUGCACACUUAUAACAAAAGGGGCAGUUUUACAUUAAAGUUUAAGGAUCCUUAUCUUAGAGCAAUUCUAUUUCAGAAAUAUAUCUCACUAACGUUUAGGCCCAUAUCGACUAUCACCAUAAUAUAUAAAUUGUGGAAACUAAUACAAUUGUAUCCGUCAUGUACGUUAAAGUAAAUAUAUAACUCCUCAGUUUCCAUUUGAUUGUGUAUUAUGUGUGCACAUAACCAUAUUUCUGCACUGGGUCCAAUAUACUUACAACAUUUGCUGAAGGCUUUUCCAGUGACCAGAAUUGAUAACCAACCACAAGAUAAUGCGAAUGACCAUUUGAAAACGCAUCCUGGCAAAGCCUUUUCAGCAUCCUGUACUAUUGGUGUCUCCAAGUUUCUGUGUUACUAGUUUAUAAAAAGGGAAGCCAUGUGAUUGCUUAAAGCUGCAGUAUCCCUUUUAUUUUGUUGGCAUGAUGCAUUUCAAUGCGAAAUUAAAUGUAAACAAUGGUACCCGUUUAAAAACUA